AUAUGAUUUUAAAAUAGCUUAACCUGUCUAUAUAAGCUCAUAAUAUGCUUCAAGCAAAGAUCAAUAACAAUAGCUUAAGAAUCAUACAUAUUCAUAGUGAAGUGGCCAUGAAAUCGCCCGUUGCUCUUAUCCUGCUCUUUUCACUUGCCCUGUACACAAGCAACACUUAUGCGAGAAAAGACCCUGGAGAAUACUGGAGAGCUGUUAUGAAUGAGCCAAUGCCUGAAGAAAUCAAACAUCUUAUGCCUCGGCAUUCAGUUCCUCUCUCCAAAGAUAAAACUGAUUGUUACACAUCAUCUUCUAUUGGAGGUGAAGCCUUUGAACCAAAGACUGAUCUAUCUGUCUAUCACGACGAUGCCAAGCUGAAAGAAGCUGAUAAAUCAUUAUUUACGAAAGAUUUCGAGCCAAGGCCUAGUGCAACUGGUUAUCAUGAUGAUGAUGCUGGUCUUAAACAAGAAAAGUCCUUUGCUGAAUAUUUUGAGCCUAAGACAAAUAUGUCUGUGUACGACGAUGCCAACCUGAAAGAAGCUGAGAACUUAUUAUUUACGAAAGAUUUCGAGCCAAGGCCUGGUGCAACUGGUUAUCAUGAUGAUGACGAUGGUCUUAAACAAGAAAAGUCUUUUGCCGAAGAUUUUGAGCCUAGGCCAAAUAUUUCUGUGUACCAAGAUUGAUGUUUCAAAUAAUGAGUACUCUGUGUCUUCCCGCUUUUGUGAAUUUACAUUUUUUAUGCCUCUUAAUAUUAAGUAAUUUAUGAAAUAAAGAUUUGUAACCAUACUUGAUGGUUGUA